GUAAAAUGGAGGGAAAAGCGGCUCGCAGAAAACGAGGGUAUUACCAGGUUUAUCUUGCCGAUAAGUCUGUACCAAAGCCUAAAGUUUCAUUAUGGCGCUUCAAAAAGAAAACUGAGACGGCACAGCCCACGAAAGACUACGAUGACUGCCAUUUUCACGACUCAACUGCAUCACCGUCACUUGAUCAUGUCGAUCCUGCUGAUUUCAUUGACGCAUUUCACAAAGAAACUUUCGACGAUAUCAUGACAGAUCAUCCGAGGGAUCUUGUAGAAGACUUUGACCAAACAGAACCUUGCCCAAACGCCCUGUUUGAAAAUUCUGACGAAGAGUUUCUACUUCAAGAUGAAGAUGAUGAGGAUUCUGGGGAUGAUGAAGCAUGUAGAGAUGACAGUCAAACAGAGGACUCGCUUGGGGACCAACCACUGUAUACAGGUGCAACUAUUACAUUAGCUGCCAGCAUGAUUCUCAUCAUUUCAUUUGCCAUGCGACAUGCCCUUACAGGAGAAGCUCUAGCCGACCUAUUAGUUCUGCUUGAAUUGCACUGCCUUUCACCGAACCUGUGUUCCAGAAAUCUUAGAACAUUCAUGAACUUUUUCAGCAGUUUGAAAUCACCCCUUGAAUUUCACUACUACUGUGAGAAGUGUUUAGUGUACCAUGGAACUGAAAAGCAGAAUAUGUGUCAGAAAUGUGGAACUGCAACAAAGAAAAGAACAACCUCCUACUUCCUGGUGAUACCAGUUGUGUCGCAACUCUCAUCACUAUUUGCAGAUGGAACCCUUAUCCAACACAUAAAGGACUACAAGUCAUCAGUGGAAAAGAGAGACGACAGAUACCUGAGCGAUAUCACAGAUGGAAGAUUAUACAAGGAGAGAUUCCAAAGGGAUGGGUAUUUCCAAGGCAGUACUCCUUUGGAAAAGGAACAGCUCCACAUCUCUUUCCAGAUGAAUACUGAUGGAGUUUCUCUAUUCAGGUCUUCCAACUUCAGCAUUUGGCCAGUUUAUUUUGUUAUCAACGAACUGCCUCCCCAUUUAAGGUUUUCAAGGAGUAACAGAAUUUUUGCUGGACUUUGGUUUGGUUAUUCCAAGCCAGACUUUGGCACUUUCCUGAGGCCAUUUGCUGAAAGUCUGCAUGACAUCUAUUUGUCAGGACUUUUGGUGAAUGGUUUAAGGAUUCGAGGAAUUCUACUAAAUGGUGUAUUUGAUGCUCCUGCAAGGUGCCUGUUCCAGAAUAUGGUCCAAUUUAACGGUUUUCAUGGCUGUCCAUAUUGUUUCAUACCUGGGAAAACUUUCAAGACCAGUGAAAGAGGACAUUCGUUAGUGUACCCUUUCAAUAUGGAUAGUGCCAAUGGACACCAUGAGCUGCGGACACACACCGUGCAGACUCAACAGGGACAACAGGCUGAGAUGAACAAGACCAAUGGAGGGGGUUCUGUUUAUGGUGCUAAAGGACUAACUUGGUUCCAUUUCCUGCCCCACUUUGAUAUUGUUCGUGGCACAUCCUUGGAUUACAUGCAUUGCGUCCUUCUUGGGGUUAUGAAAAUGCUGAUGACAUUAUGGUUUGAUAAAUCCCACCGCAAUGAGCCAUUCAGCAUUUCGUCAAGAAUAUCUGAAGUAGACAGGAGGUUGAUGCAGGUCAAACCACCAAGCUUCAUAUCAAGACUUCCCCGUUCACUGGCAGAAGUAACCCACUACAAGGCAGCAGAAUUGAAGAACUUUCUCCUGUUCUACAGUCUCCCAUGUCUCUUUGGUGUGCUGCCAGAUGACCAGUAUCAUCACCUCACUCUUCUAGUGUAUGCAAUUUACAGCAUGCUGAAGGACCGUAUUUCUGCGGAGGACAUUCACGACUCAAGGAAGAAGGUGAUGGAGUUCGUCUUAAAUCUGCCAGUCCUCUAUGGAGAGAGGUACUUGACCUCAAACAUUCAUCUUCUUCUCCAUCUUACGGACAAAGUGGAAGAUCUUGGACCACUAUGGUGUUCAUCAUGUUUUUACUUCGAAGAUUUCAACGGUCAACUUCGCCGUCUAUUCCAUGGAACACAAAGCAUAGAGACCCAAAUAGCCUUCGCCGUGUGUGUUCACCAGAAGCUUCCACAAAUGUCUGCAUUCUUACAGUAUGGAAGCUGUGAGAAAGACUUCUUCAAGAAAAUGAUGGAGAAGAAAACCCAGUCCACAAAGGAAGUGAUUACAGACAACAUUUCUGUUGUUGGAGCAUAUUACGGUGGCCGUUUAACAGACACAGAGCAGUAUUUGCUUUCCACAACUGUUGGACAGUGGGAAACUGUGUCCUUUUUCAAUCGUGUAUGUAUUGGGAACCAACUAGUCCAUUCAAAGCAAUGUAAAACAACAACAAGAAGGAACAACACAAUCGUAAGAUACCGGAAUGGCAACAUGCAUUUUGGACAGGUAGAACAUUUUCUCAAAGUGAAAACUCAGUGUCCUCCACACUGUGCCAGUUCCUACAACAAGAUUGUGUUCUACGCAAUCAUUAAUGUGAUGAACAUUGUAGCAGGUGUGGCAGAUAUGACGAGGAGCACCAGCCACAUGCACAUGGUGCCAUUGCAGUCACCAACUGGACAGUUAGCAGUGGUUCCAUUGCAGGACAUUUGCGAUGUUUGUAUCUGUGCAAGUGUUCAUGAGGACUUACACUUUGUGUCGGUGCUGCCUAACAGAAUUGAAAAGGAGUGAAGAUCUGCAUCACGCUUAGGCGAGUCUUGCAAGACAAUCCAUGUGGGUGUUAAACUUAAUAUGAUGUUCUAAAUGAUUUGUAAGGACUCUGCUAAAAAAUUAUUGUUCAACAUCAGUGCUUUUAUUGGUAUUUGUAAUUGUUUUAAAGCAAUAAGAUCUGCAGUAUUAUUUUGAAAAAUGAUAUUUGACUUCAAAAAAAUGUAAAAUUUACAUGAAUAGUUAAGCAUUACAGUAUCUUGUAACACUUCUUAUGUGAUAUUAAUUGUAUAAAAUACCAUACGAAAUAUCAUAUUGCUUUAUUAUGUUGAAAAUAUUGAAUGCCUAAAUCUUGUUCGACAGCUUGCAAUGCUUAUAUAUUACUGUUGAUUGAAAGUGAAAUAAAUUAAUAGCAUUUUCACUACUUUAAGACAACCAGAUAUCAUUUUAAUAUUUCUUUGUUUCAUAUACUGUGUAACUGUCUUUUAUAGAACAAUCCAGUAGAAAUGAAUAACUUACAUAGGUUUUUUUAUAUUAUUUGUUUUAAUUUCCUAAAUUGAUUAGAUAUGUUAGAGGAGUUGUCAAUUUUCAUUUAAAUCUGGUUGCCUUAAAAAGUGAACAUGGAUAUUAUUUUUUCCUUAAAAAAUUGUUUUUCUUUUGUUCUUUGUUUAAAAUUUUCUAGUUAAAUAAAUUUCUUUAAUAUAACACCCCUUUCCAAAAAAAGAUUUUUUAAAGCAAUUAUAUUCCAUGAAUUUCAAGGAAACUAGAAUGGGAACUGCAAAAAUGACAAAGUUCAAUUUAGUUAUAGUCCAGGUACACUAGAAAAUGACAAAGUUCGAUUUAGUUACAUUUGAGGCACACUAGAAAAAGACUAAGUUCAAUUGAGUUAUAGUCCAGGUACACUGGAAAAUGACAAAGUUCGAUUUAGUUACAUUUGAGGCACACUAGAAAAAGACUAAGUUCAAUUGAGUUAUAGUCCAGGUACACUGGAAAAUAACAAAGUUCAAUUCAGUUACAUUUGAGGCACACUGGAAAAUAACAAAGUUCAAUUUAGUUACAUUUGAGGCACACUGGAAAAUGACAAAGUCCAAUAGAGUUAUAUUUGAGUUAUACUUUAUCUAGACUAAGUUGAAAUUAGUUACAUUUCAGUUAUACUUGAAAAAAAUUAAGUCCAAUUUAGGCACUAAAAAGUCAUGACUAUUUUAUAACUCUGAUGUCAGUUACAAAAAAGUUACCAGUUUAGUUAUAAAAAAGUUAUGACU